GGCGGGCGAGCUGCCCGGGCCGCGGCCGCCUGUGCUCACAGGUGGGCGGCGGCGGAGGCGCGGCGGAGCGGAGCCGGGGUCUCCGGGACUCCAGCCGUCAUACAGAGAGCCCAGCGGAGCAGAGCUCGGAAGACGCGUCCGCGCCUCGGGAGGAAUCUACCCUUCUCCCCUCCACCUGGGCCUCUUUGGCUGCAGCCGCACCUCGGCCCCGGAACCCAGGCGUUGGCGGAUAAUCAGAGGCGUGGAUGCGUUUACAAGAUGUGAGUCGUGUUCUUUUCGCCUUUACCUACUGAGGGCUUCUUAAACCUCGUGGUGACAGGUGGAAAUCGUGACACAGAAGGGCAGUAUGAAGCCACUGAAGAAAAACAAAGCGGAAGAACCUGAAUUGGAGCCCCUGUGCUGCUGCGAGUACAUCGAUCGAAAUGGGGAAAAGAACCACGUGGCCGCUUGUUUGUGUGAUUGCCAGGAUCUCGAUGAAGGGUGUGAUAGAUGGAUCACAUGUAAAUCCAUGCAGCCAGAGACUUGCGAAAGAAUCAUGGAUACUAUUUCUGAUCGCCUCCGAAUUCCUUGGCUUAGGGGAGCCAAAAAAGUUAACAUUAGCAUCAUCCCCCCACUCAUCCUCCUGCCCGUCUUCCUCCGCGUGGCUUCCUGGCAUUUCCUCCUGGGGGUGGUGGUUUUGACCUCCCUUCCUGUGCUGGCUCUGUGGUACUACUACCUCACUCACAGAAGGAAAGAACAGACUCUGUUUUUCCUGGGCCUCGGACUGUUCUCUCUGGGCUACAUGUACUAUGUGUUCCUGCAGGAAGUGGUCCCCAAAGGGCGUGUGGGGCCCACUCAGCUGGCUCUUCUUACCUGCGGGUUAUUUCUGGUACUCUUGGCCCUGUACAGAGCCAAGAAGAAUCCAGGCUACCUCAGAAAUCCAGCAAGCAAGGACAAAUCUCUCAGCAGUAGCCAAGUUGAAUGCCUGAGCAGAGACGGGCUGGAGAGGACCAGAGGGCUCCCCGGUGCGGGAUCGUCGGGCAGUCUCAGCAACCGCACGCCGAAGGACGAUCUUAAGGGCCCUUGCAGGGUGUUGGCCGGAAGCCCUGCCAAGGUGAAGGAGGACUGGUGUGCCAAGUGUCAGCUGGUGCGGCCGGCCCGGGCGUGGCAUUGCCGGCUAUGCGGCGUCUGCGUCCGGAGAAUGGAUCAUCACUGUGUCUGGAUAAAUAGCUGUGUUGGAGAAUCAAACCAUCAAGCAUUUAUACUUGCCCUUUCGAUCUUCUUGCUCACCUCGGUGUACGGGAUAACAUUGACCUUGGACACCAUUUGUAGAGAUAGAAGUGUCUUCACAGCUCUCUUCUAUUGUCCUGGAGUUUAUGCAGAUUACAGCUCCGCCCUGUCCUUCACCUGCGUGUGGUACUCCGUGAUCAUCACGGCGGGCAUGGCGUACAUCUUCCUCAUCCAGCUGAUCAACAUCAGUUACAACGUCACCGAGCGGGAAGUCCAGCAGGCCCUGCGUCAGAAGACGGGGCGCCGGCUCCUCUGCGGGCUCAUCGUGGACACGGGCCAGUACAACCGGGGCUUCCUGCGGAACUGGCAUCAGUUCUCCACCCUGGGCGCCGCCCCCUGCCACCACCCAGCCGAGGACAUUGUCUGAAGUGCCUUCUGUGUGGCUCUGUGAGGGGUGGCUCUCCCCUCUGCGCCCUCCCAGUGUACACGUCGGCGUCCGUGCAGGAUGUUCGCUUUUAUCCCCCGUUUCUUAAAGGCUGUCUAGGGCCAUGCUCAGGUUUAGACACAGGACUGGGAAGAAAUGAAUUUUUCUGAUUUCACCUUAAGAGAUUUUUAUAUCGAAGCAGUAAAAGUAGAGCCAUUCUUUUCCAGUCACCUUAUUCACUAACUCAGUCACCAGGAGCAGGAGACGAUGCGGAUUGCUAAUGCACAGCUUGAUAGAAGCCAUUCCCAUCCCUUAGCAGGGGAGAAAGAGUUUGGAUUAGGAUCGUUUCCAGUCCUCCUUUCAAUUCCUGAUAGCCAUGUGACCCUUCGUUGAGUCACUUCCCCAAGUCUCAGGUUCAUCCGUAAAGUGGGGUGCUGCCGCCUGCCCUGGCUACCUCACGGUCGGGAGGGUCGUGCAAGGGACCAGGUGUGUGGAAAGCACUGGAAAAUGACAGAAGCACCCAAGAGGGAUGAAGUAUUAUUAGGAAAACUCAAAGACCGAGAAAAACGUUUGUAGGUCAGAAUACAGAAGCCAAAACUAUCCGAGGAAUCCGUUUUCAGCAUUUCAGAGUGAAAGAAAGAUCCUGAAAUACUACAUUGUACCACAUUGUACAGUUACGGUAAUUUCUCUUUCUGAAGUAUUAGACAUUAGCUACUCAAACAGAAGAUGAUUGGAUGGAUUCGCACUGUCAUCUGAUUCUGAAGGGACAGUCAAAACAGUUCUAUUUAUUGGUAGUAUUAAGUUACAGUGGUCAUGAGUUUAGAUGGUGAGUCCUUACAUUUAUCUCAUUUCUUCUAUAUUUAUUGUUUGGAUUUACUCUAAACUCCAAACUCGAAUAGGCAUUACUGUUUUUUUCCUCUUUCCAUGUUUCACCUGGGAAGGUGCUAGCACACUUUUGAUGAGGCUGGAAGAGGGGAACAGACACUCCUGUGGGGGAACAGUUUACACUCUUUCCUGGGUAGGGUGGCUGGUCAAUAUCAAGGGCUCGAUU